AUGGACAUUUGCAAGGCUACUAUUGCAUACUCAUGGCAGUGUAGCCUGAGUAGACUGGUCUGUGGUUUAAACAAAGCCCGCUCCGAAGAUGCACGCAAGAAGAUCGAGAGGCGGCUGGUAGCGGCAUGGGUUACCACCAUUCACCUAUCGUCGGGGAACAAGUAUGACACGAAUGAGCUUCACCUUACCCUUUCCACUGGAAGAGGGGAAGGUAGAGUUAGCGUGGAGAUCGACGAGAACCUAACGAUUGAUACACUCGAAGAAGGCAUUGGCAUGGGCCAGAUGGUACCAGCUGGUUCAGACUCUACAGAGUCGGCAACAACACCAUCGUCGUCGUCGUCAUCCGUGAUGUUUUCGUGGCCCAACUCAUCUUCGACAUCGAGCCUCCCUGAGGAUGGCAUCGGCCGCAUGAAGACAUUUUCGACUGUUCUCUCUAUUACGCUUUCAACUGCUGCGGUAGAUUGCGAGGCAAGGGUGUUAUCAGGCGAAACGCGGCUGGGGUUGAAGGUUAACUGGGAAGAUGGAAAGGACGAGGCUGGUAUCGAAUGUUCUCUGUCGGGACUGGCCGGCCCGGAUGCCCGCAGGCUCCUCCAUCGACUUCGCUUGGCGGUGGAGGAGAUCAGUACUGCCAAUCCCCAGUGCCGUGUGGUGGAUCUACAUCUCUUCACGACCCUCGACUGGGAGCAAAUAGAGCUUUGGAAUGGUCCUGGGGUCCCCGCGACCCAUGGAAAUCUGGAUGCUUUACUACAUGAUGUUGCUCGCUCGAAAGGUGAGUGCGUGGCGAUCGACGCCUGGGAUGGCAGCCUCACUUACGCCGAGCUGGAUCGUUAUGCUACCGAGAGUAGCAUCAAGCUCAUCUCUCUCGGAAUUGGAAGGGGUGAUCUGGUGCCGCUUUGCUGCGAGAAGACAGUUUGGUUCCCCGUGGCUGCCCUGGCGGUGCUCAAGACUGGGGCCGCGUAUGUCCCUCUUGACCCAUCGACAUCGGAUGCGCAUCUGUUGGAGGGGGUGAGACGCGUCCAUUCGCAUCUCGUUGUCGGAUCGGCUGCACUCCGGGAGCGGCUGCAGAGAUUAGGGUUAAAUGUCAUGUGUGUGAGCCAAUCGACCAGAUUCGAAAACGAGGAAAGCUGGCCACAGUGGAAUGCAAUACAGGCCGAACGAAGUGACUCGGAUCCAAUGGUGGUGAUGUUUACAUCAGGGAGCACAGGAAGGCCUAAAGGGGUCGUACUCCAGCACGAAGCGAUUGUGACUAGCGCUAUAGAGCACGGGAAACGGUUACAUUUUGGCAUGUCCACUCGCGCUCUACAGUUUGCUGCUCACACUUUCGAUGUGAGCGUGUUGGAGAUUUUCACCACACUGCUGUUUGGCGGCUGCGUCUGCAUCCCUUCAGAUGACGACCGGGUGAACAGGCUUGCCGCUUAUAUCGACAAGAUGCGCAUCAACCUAAGCUUUCUCACGCCCACGGUUGCAUCCUUGCUCAAUCCCGACGAGGUGCCGUCGCUGACGACGCUUAUAAUUGGAGGCGAGACCGUCACCCACUCCAAUCUGAAGAGUUGGGGCCACCGCAACUUGCAUCUGGUCUACGGACCGAGUGAAUGCACGGUCUUGUGCCAAAUCCACCCCUUCGCGACGGCAGAGUCUAACCCCGCGAGUCUUGGCCGGCCAUGCGGUGGUCGCACAUACAUCGUCGACCCGCAUGAUCAUACCAAGCUCUUACCCAUCGGCGCCGUGGGCGAGCUCAUGGUGGAGGGGCCAAUCGUUGGCCAGGGAUACCUCAACGACCAGGAACGGACGGCGAUGAGUUUCAAACCCGCUCCAUCGUGGAAAACAGAAGGAAGGUCGGUGGACUCUACGCUGACCGGCACUGUCUACCUGAGUGGAGAUCUGGUACGGUAUGCCAGCGAUGGUAGUGUACUAUUUGUGGCCCGCAAGGACACCCAGGUUAAAGUACAUGGUCAGCGAUUAGAAGUUGAGGAGGUGGAGGGCCAUCUUCUGGACCAUCCGCUUGUCACUGCCUGCGUAGCGCUCUAUCCUUCCCGUGGCGUCUUUGCGAGGCGGCUCGUCCUCGUAUACUGCUCCAUAAGCGGGAAUCGAGUCCUGCACAAUGGUGCCGGUCAAAAGGGUGCAAUCGCUAUCGAUGAAGAGCCGCUUUGUGAUGGCUCAACGCUGCAACAGUUUCUCCUAGAGCGCAUGCCACAGCGACUAAUCCCAUCGAUCUGGGUUCCACUACAUCGGGUCCCGCUGACCGCGUCCGGCAAAAUUGACCGCAAAAGCGUGCAGCUUUGGGCUGAAGCCUUGGAAAGAGCACCUGUCUCCCUCGUGAGUGCCGGUGCGUCCAGGAUGCCAGGCGACAGCCCCUGGUCUCCGGUCGAGGCUACCUUCCGUUCCUACUGGAGCCAGGUUCUGGUGAUCCCCUCGGAAGCUAUAAGCCUGGGCAGUUCCUUUUUGCGACUAGGUGGGGACUCGAUUGCUGCGAUGCAGCUGGUGAGUUUGGCACGGCAGAAUGGUAUUGCCGUCACCGUGAAACAGAUACUUGAAGCGAAGACCCUGCAAGACCUAGCGCGGAUUGCUAUGCAGCAACGGGCCUCCCCGAUCAGCCAGGGGCCACGGAAUGAGUUGCUUGACGUUCCUCUCCCACUGUCCCCGAUGCAGGAACUUCACUUUAGGCUGCGGCCGGACGGCGGACACCAUCACAAUAUGGGCUUUCUGCUUAGGUGCAGCAAACCACUGGAUGCGACGACCUUGAGGAGAUCGGUGGACGAGCUCGUUCAGCGCCACUCCAUGCUGCGGGCUCGCUUCGUUCAGCUAGGAUCACAGUGGUUCCAGAAGAUUGUGGCCGAUGUGCAAGCUUCCUGGCGCUAUACGUUGCAUGAAGUGGAUUCUCUUGACAAUAUCUCAGCAGUUGUCGAGUCAACCAGUCAGCCAUUUGACAUCGCCAAUGGCCCGUUGCUCGCUGUGGAGCUUGUUUCGAGCCAAACUUCUCGAACCCAGAUGCUCUACAUCCACGCACAUCACCUGAUCGGGGACCUGGUCUCCUGGCGCAUUCUGAUCCAGGAAUUGAACUCACUGCUGGACGGCGAGAUCCUCCCUAUGCAUCUGUCCACCUCCUUUCAGGAGUGGACGCUGGCGCAGCUCAAGCAAUUGGUCACGCUGCAGGCCGAGGAUGAGGUGUAUACGGGGCCGUGCAUUCCGUUCUUCGAUGGAUACCAGUACUGGGGAGUCCACGGAGAACAUAACCAGUAUGGGGACGUGGUCCAACUGGCAUGGGAAGUGGAUGAAGAUAUCACGAGUCAGCUGAUGGGUCCCGUCAACGAUGCCCUGGGGACGGAGCCAAUCGACCUCCUUCUGGGCUGCUUCGCUCAUGCCUUCCUGAAGGUUCUGGGGGAUCGAGAUAGCUUGACCAUUUUUAAUGAAGGUCAUGGGCGUGAGACCUGGGAGGGUUGCCAGCUAGAUAUCACACAGACAGUGGGGUGGUUCACUACCAUGUAUCCUUUCCACUUUGAUAGACCCAACGGGAUUGUCGGGCAGAUUAAUCAGGCCAGAUACAUUCGAACGACAAGCCCCCUCAACGGCCGACCAUACUUCGCUGCAACCCAUACGAAGACGGCGCCUAUCCGACCUCCUUUCAAAGACCACUGGCAACCGGAAGUGGUCUUCAACUUCCACGGUCGAUACCGUGAACUGGAGCGUGAAGACAGACACCUGCAGGCUACAGCCUGGGGGAAGUAUGAUGCCACAUUCGACGGCCCUACUCUACCACGAUACGGACUACUUGAGAUCGAGACUGCCGUUGACCGGGGAUGUCUCCGGGCGUUUGUGCGCUAUAACCGGCAUAUGCAGGAGGCAAAAGCUCGCGUCGAGAUGGUCUCAGACCUCUGGAGAGACACACUACAGCAUCUCAGGAGGCACUUGGAGGGGACGACACUGCGCCUGACACGGGCCGACUUCCCACAUCUGUCCUUGGAUGAGGCCUCCUUCACUGCCUUGCUCGACGCUCUUAAGGGUUUCAACGUAGCCCUGAGUCGAAAUGGUGAUAUCCAGGCAUUAUACCGCUGCACUCCCGUGCAGGAAGGAAUGCUUGUGGCUCAGCAACGGGAUCCCAACCUUUACCGCGUAUCGGUGCUCUGGGAGUUCUCGCGCGCCGGGAAAGGGGUUGAGCCGCAGCUGUUGAUCGAUGCCUGGAAGCACGUUGUUUCACGGCACGAUAUCCUUCGUGCACUGGCUUGCCAAUGCUUAACUGAGAAUCCGUUUCUUGUACACGUUGUUCUCAAAUCCACUGAGCCAGUCGUCGAGGUUAUCGAAGGAGCACCAGGGGUACCGCUGAUGGAAGAUCCGUUCCUGCCACACCGGCCGCGGCAUAAAAUCACAAUCUUCUCCGAAGCCACAGUAACACAUGUGCGGCUGGAGGUAUGUCACAGCCUCAUUGAUGGCACCUCUCUCGGAGUAAUCGCUGCCGAGAUGAGCAGUUAUCUUGGUAGAGUCCUGAGGGUCGAUGUCCCAGCCAACCCAGAAACCCCCGUUGCUCCCCAAUUUGCGGAUUACGCGACCACACAAUCUUCACUAUCGAUCCCCGAUGUGACCGUCGCCUACUGGAAGGAUAUCUUACAGGAAAUGGAGCCCACGAUCCUGCCCGGUUCGAAAGAAGCACCAUCGGAGAGCACACAGCCACUAUCGACCGUCCUCGGGCCGUGGCCCAAAAAGACCUUAGACUUUGUCGCCGCUGAACUAGGGAUUACGUCGCCAACGCUCUUUCACCUCGUAUGGGGGAUUGUCCUGUUUUGGUACACGGGUAACGAGCACCCGUGCUUCGGAUGGGUACUCUCGGAUCGGGCUCGCCUAGUGGACGGGGUGGCACAAGCGCUCGUGGGGCCGGCUAUCUACACGACAGUGGACACUUUGCACGUUCGAAGUGACAUGACCGUUGUAGAGGCUGCGCAGAUGUGCCAGGAAGCGCAUUUGGCGGCACUCCCACACGUAGGGGCACCUCUACGGGCCAUCCAGCGCUGGGCUGGCGUCCAAGACGCAACCCUGUUCAACACAAUACUCACCGUAGAGCAGCAUCGGGAAGCAGCGCCUGGGGAUAUUACGAUACGUCGAGUCAGACUUGACGAGCUGACCGAGUAUGAUGUUGUCAUUCAAGUCGAUGUCUUUUCCUCGUAUGCUCGAGUGUCCAUGACAUCCCGCCAAGGGUUUCUCUCUCCUGAGGAUCAUGCCCGGCUGGGUGACGCCUUUGAGACGGUCCUCAACAGUUUAUUGGGCGAUGCACGACAACAGAUUGGAGAUAUCUCUCGUUGCAGGGCGGAAGACAUCCAGCAGAUCCGAAAAUGGAACAAGCACUGUCCAGAGCAGGUCGCCCAUUCCGUUCAGGAUCUCAUCAGCCACGCAGCCAUGCAAUCACCGGACGCUACCAGUGUCGAUGCCUGGGAUGGCCAACUGACAUAUCAGCAACUCGAGGACCUCUCGGACCGGAUGGCGCAUCAUCUAGCCGCAGCUGGAGUCGGGCAGGAAGAUCUGGUGGCCAUCUGCGUCGACAAGUCCCGGUGGGCCGUGGUGGCCCUGCUGGCCAUUCUUAAGGCGGGAGCUGGCUACUGUCCACUUGAUCCCAACUAUCCGAGUGCUCGCAUCCAGGAAAUCGUGGAUACCUGCGGCCCCAAAGCAAUUCUGACUGCGGCAUCGACAGCAUCCCUGAUCCCGAUGCGAAGCCUCAGAAUCGAGGAUCUCCUGGGGAGCCCAUGCGAGAUUUCCCUGCCCACUGUGUCACCAUCAAACGUGUUCUGUGUCAUUUAUACCUCUGGGUCGACCGGAAAGCCAAAAGGAGUGGUCUUGGAACACGGUAACAUCACGACCGCCGCGCGGGAGCAUGGGCGCAUCAUUGGCUUCGGCCCUCAAACGCGCUCCUUCCAGUUCUCCACUUACACCUUCGAUGUCAGUAUUAUGGAGAUAUUCACGACUCUCAUCUUCGGCGGCACCGUAUGCAUUCCGUCCGAGACAGACCGCAUCAGCAACCUGGGAGCGGCGAUGAGCGGACUUCAUGUGAACUGGUCAUUCUUAACUCCAACGGUGGCUUCGUUGGUGGAACCCGACGAAAUUCCGACACUCUCAAGUCUCGUCUUGGGCGGGGAGCCCGUUCCGCGUCAGUUGGUUGAGAUGUGGUCGGGCCGCGUGGACCUACAUAUGGUGUACGGGCCCUCGGAAUGUACCACGCUGGCGCAAAUGCACGCCCACGUUCGUCCUGAUACACCGCCCACUAGCCUAGGGCGCCCAGUGGGAGGGUCAACCUGGAUUGUCGAAGCUGGCAGCCCGGAUAAACUUGCGCCUGUCGGGGAGACCGGGGAGUUGCUCAUCUGCGGCCACAUCGUCGGGCGAGGGUAUCUGAACGACCCCCAGCGUACGGCGGAUGCCUUUCUCCGCAAACCUUUGUGGCUUCAACACUUUCCUGAACAUCAACACCUUCAGCGAUUUUACCGGACAGGGGACCUGGUCCGGUAUGAUGAAGCGGGCAAUGUGCACUACGUGGCUCGGCGGGACACCCAAGUGAAGCUCCGUGGUCAACGGAUCGAGUUGCGAGACGUUGAAUAUCACCUCGCUCAGGCGGGCUUAGGGCCUCAUCUGGCAGUGGAGAUCGUCCACAUCGGGAAAGCUCGGCGAGCGACCCUCGCAGCAUUUGUUGAAGUGGGAUGUGAUGCCAACAUCAUGGAGGACGAGGAUAACUCGAUCCUGGUGCCAGAUGACGGUCAGCGCGCUGAAUUUGCUCGAGCAAAAGCUCAACUGGCACGUGACCUGCCCUCGUACAUGGUGCCAACCCUAAUUGUGCCUAUACGACGUCUUCCCCAAACCCUUUCAGGAAAGACAGACCGCAAGCAUUUACGCCUUCUAGCGAGUCGUCUGCAGCCCCAGCAGCUGGCAGGGCUGCGGGAAGCCAACGUUACAAUAAAGAUGACAAAAGAAGAAGUGAUUCUCCAGGACUGCUUUGCCAGUGUGUUGGAUUUGAGUCCGACAAUCAUAGGUCCUGAUUGUCAUUUCUUCGAGAGCGGUGGAGAUUCCUUUUCGGCAAUCAAACUCGUAGGACUCGCUGCAAAGAAGGGACUGCGAAUAAGCGCGCAGGAAAUUUUUACGCGUCCAAUUCUCUCUAGCAUGGCGGUGCGAGCGAGACCCAUAGGUGCCGAGAAAGGCAGAGACCUGGGGCCCUUCCACUUUGUGCCCACAGAGAGUAGGGGAGAGUGGCUCAGUAAAGCAGCGGAACAGUGUGGAGAAGCAACCACGGCGGUUGAAGAUAUCCUCCCUUGUACUCCAUUUCAGGAGGCUCUGGUAUCGCUGACCUUCCAGGAGUCCGACGCGUAUUUUGCCAAAUACCGGGUAGCGAUACAUGGCAACCUGGACAGAAAACGAUGGCAAAUGUGCUGGCAUACAGUCUAUCAACGCCACGCCGUGCUUCGCUGCCGCUUUGUCUCCAUUUUCGGGAGGAUCUAUCAAGCCGUGAUACGGGAUUGGUCUCCUGCCUGGAACGCUCCGCCCAAGGGGGAAAACGGUCAGAUGCUAGGGUGGGAAUCCUCUGCUUUACAUUUCGAUGAUGAAUCCACGUUCAUCUGGUCCAUCCACCAUGCCCUCAUCGAUGGUUGGUCUCUAGAACUAGUCCUCUCGGAAGUGAUUCAGCUCUACGAGAACUCGAACCCCCCGCCUACACCCCCAUCAGCUGCGUUCCAAGACUUUAUCCGCUAUCUUGAUACUAGUUUUGAUGUGUCCGCUGCUGAGUCUUUCUGGAGAGAAUCCUUAAGUCAGCAGACGAUGUCGUCGUUCCCAUUGCAUCAAGGGUCACGCUCAUCGACUGAUGGGAGAUCUAUGUAUCAGACGGAAACUUGCAAGCUCUCGGUGAAACCUUCCGGCAUAAGCGCAGCCGCGACAAUUUUAGCAGCCCUGGGACUCACCAUGUCGUGCCACACGGGAAGCUCUAGCGUCUGUUUCGGAUAUGUUAUAUCAGGCCGCUUGCUUCCAAUUGCCGGCAUUGAUCAUAUGGUUGGACCCGUCUUGGCCACUAUACCCUUCCCUGUCUCCAUUGAUGGGCAGCAGACAGUCCACGCAUUUAUCCACACCCUUCAAUCCCGGGCUACAGAGGCAAUGAUUCACGCACAUAUAGGGCUUUCCGCCAUCCGGAAUCUGGGCGAGGCGCCGCGACAAGCCUGUGCCUUUCAGACGCUACUAGUCGUGCAGCCGAAUAAACAGGCUCCGCUUCGCUCUCCCAGCGACUCGCUGGUGCUUGAGGUACAGGGAGGAGAGAUGAUCCAGUCGUAUCCUCUGACCCUGCAGUUGUGGUUAGACGGGGACGAAACAGUUCUAGAAGCCAUCUUUGACAGCGCGAUAUUGGAGCGGAACUAUAUCCGAAGCCUCAUGGCGCACUUCAGAACUACACUACAGCGGUUGCAAGAGAUCAUGAUACACGGCAAUCCCCAGACAGUCGCUACAGUUUCGCCGUUUAGCGACCGCGAUAAAUUGACCAUCCGCACCUGGCAACAGAGAGCCCUGCGAAAGCCUGUUCCGACACUCACAGUCCCAAUGCGUCUAAGCCAGCUGGCUAGGGAAUCGCCAGAGACAGUUUGCGUGGACGCAUGGGAUGGGCAGUGGACACGCAGGCAAUUGGACAGCCUUUCCAACAUAUGGAGCCAAAGACUCCAAGCGGGCGGGGUGAACCCAGGUGACCUGGUAGCGCUGCUGUUCGCAAAGUCCAAAUGGGCCGUUGUUGCGAUGUUAGCCACCUGGAAGGCGGGCGCGGGAUACCUCAUUCUGGACGGGGAACAGCCUCCGGAGCGACCGAUGGAGGUACUUAGGACGUCCCAAUGCACAGCUAUUAUGUCGUCUGCGCCACUCGCCGAGACGGCACAGGCACUUGCUCGCCCGCUCCAGAUUCCCGUGGUGGUCAUGGGUAGCAGUAGCAUUGUCGCAACAACUGCGGGCUCAUCCCUCACCACCCCUGCAUCCAUGGGCUCAACGGCCUACACCAUAUUUACUAGUGGGUCGACAGGGAUCCCCAAGGGUGUCCUGGUGGACCAUAUGGCCCUAACCACCGUCGUUCAAGAGUGUGGAAUGGCAAUGGAGAUGAAUUCUCAUACUCGCACGUUGCAAUUUUCCUCGUAUCAAUGGGAUGCGCAUGCCAUGGAGCACUGGGCAACUCUUUGGUAUGGUGGCACACUUUGUGUGCCGUCCGAUACUCAGCGGACUAGCGCUCUCUCGGAUUUCAUCACUUCGUUUAAAGUGAACAUCACCAUUCUCACCCCGACAGUAUCGCGCCUGCUCGAACAGACGAGCAUACGAGCGCUACAUUGUCUCGUCUAUGCCGGAGAAGCCGUAUUGAAGGAAGACCUCGUGCGCUUGCGUACAAUCAACCCGGUGUUACGUGUGAUGAACGGUUACGGUCCGACAGAAGGCACCAUCUGCGCCUCCUUGAAUCCUGAUCUUACCCGGACAUCCAUCGCAAAUAUCGGCUGCCCCAUUGGUGGCCAGCAUUGGAUCCUUGACCCAGAGAACCCCCAUCAUCUGGCCCCUGUCGGCUGCGUUGGAGAACUGGCCUUGGGAGGUAGAAGCCUCGCGAGGGGUUAUCUUGAUGAAGAGAAGACGAGAGCUGCGUUUCCCGAGCAUUUGGAGUGGAUGAGGGCAUUUUCUGACUGUUUCGGUGCGAACACCUCUCGCCGGGUAUACUUAACAGGCGAUCUGGUUCGAUAUACGUCCAACGGUUCCUUGGAGUUUGUUGGUCGCAAAGACAACCAGAUGAAAGUGCACGGUGUUAGAGUGGAGCCGGGGGAGAUUGAGCAACAGAUUCUCCAGGCACUAGCGCGUGAGCACACUUCCCGGACUUCUGUUGCGGUUGACCUUGUUGACAUGGAAUCUGGUCCAUGUGUCGUGGCCUAUCUUGCCGGAUUGCACAUCCUGAAGCGAUGGCGACUACUGUGGCCGAGACUUCGUCAUCGAUUGGGCCAACAACUGCCUGGAUAUAUGAUUCCUCGAUACUUUAUCCCAUUGGCCCAGAUGCCGCGAGGACCAAACGGCAAAGCUGAUCGCUCGCAAUGCCGCCAGCUGCUUAGGCAGCUGAGUGCACAGGAUAUGUCACAGUACCAAGGGUAUGAGCAUGUACCAGUUGUUCGACCCCUGAAGACGGCGACCGAACUGGAACUGGCUGGUUUAUGGCGACAAGCGCUCUCCCUAGACGCCCAACGUUCCCUUUCCCCUGACGACAGUUUCAUCGCGCUGGGCGGAGACUCAUUAUCUGCCAUGAAACUCAGCCUCCUCGCACAUCAGAAAGCCAUCCCCCUCACAGUCCCAGGGAUCCUGAAGGCUCCGCGCCUCGCAGACAUGGCGCUCACCAUCUCAUCUAACUCGCUGCAAGCUAGCGAGAUGGACGAGCCUAAUGGCACGGAUUUGCUCUCUACUUUCCUUCUGGAUGGGAUCGCGCGAGAGUAUCAGCUGUCGUCCAGUAAUAUUGAGGACGUCUAUCCUUGUACAGCCUUGCAGGAGGCUUUUUACAGCUUCUCCACGCAUCGGGCUAAUCUCUAUAUCUCACGACAUAUUUUUUUGUUGCCACCGUCACUCGACCUGGACCGUUUCCAGCGUGCAUGGCAACGUUUGAGCGAUCUGAAUCCUAUCCUUCGCACCCGUAUCGUUCAUAUACCCGGGAAAGGGACAUACCAAGUGCUCCUGAGAAAGGAGCUCCACGAGUGGGAAGCAGUUGACGGCCUCAAUAACUACUUGUCAGCCGAGCCCGCCAGUGGUGCAAUGGGUGCCCCGCUGACGAAACAUGCGCUGGUUCGCGAAGAGGACGGCCGGUUACUUUUCGUUUGGACAGCACAUCACGCCGUCUACGAUGGAUGGUCCCUGCCACUCAUCUUUGAGCAAGUAGUGUUAUUGUAUCGCGAUCCUAAUGCUUCAAGUAACAGUGGCCCGAACUCGUUUAAGCAGUUCAUUUCACACACCGUACGACCUCCCACUGACCCCGCAUCGAUCGAGUUCUGGCGGUCACAACUGGAGGACGCUGAAUCCUGCGAUUUCCCAGUUCCGGUCAAACACAGUCACCAGACGUGCGGUACCGAGAAGCUCGGCCAUGUCGUACCUGUCGACCCCACGCGGGCCCGAGAGGCGGGUAUCACACCCGCCAACGUCAUUAAAGCUGCGUGGGCUUUCCUUGUGGGUUCGUAUUGCAACACUAGGGAUGUCUUGUUUAGUAUGACCCUGUCUGGCCGUGAUCAGAUCGCAGCUGCCUCAGCUUCCAUGCUUGGUCCGACCAUCUGCACAAUUCCUGUUCGACUGCGGAUUGAAGCGAAUUGGGAUCUUGGAUGCUUGCUGGAAACAGUGCAGCGCCAUUCACUCGACGUACUCCCAUUCCAGCACUUUGGCUUACAGAACAUUAAGCGAGCUGUUCCCAGGCUCUCUGAGGUAUUCCAGACACAAAAUGUGCUUGUCGUGCAGCCAGAGUCAUCACAGAAAGCCCCUUGGUACGCUCUCGAGGAGUUGGGGAUCCGUCAACAUAUGGAACCUUCCAUGGCGGAGGGAGUUCCUCUUACCAUGGAGUGUAUCUCCAUUGACCAGGAGAUUCAGCUGCUGGCCCAUUAUGAUCCAGAUCUGAUACACGUAACGCAAGCUCAGCGGCUUCUGCGCCAUUUCUCCAAUGUCCUCCAAACGUUCUUCAGAUCAGACCUCAGGAUGCCUCUCGCUGACAUAACACUGCUGGGGCAGGAAGAUAUUCAAACGCUACAAGAAUGGAAUGGAAAGGGCUCUGAACGGGUUGACCAGUGCUUGCAUCAUCUUUUUCGGCAACAAGCCCAGAUCCAGCCGGAUAGCCCAGCGAUUGAAGCCUGGGACGCUUCCCUCACUUAUCAGGAAUUGGAGGCGGCCAGCGAGCAUCUCGCUAUGGAAUUGAUUCAUCUUGGAGCUGGUCCUGAGGUGGCAAUUCCAGUCUGCUUCCAUAAAUCGUCUUCUGCUAUUGUAGCCAUGAUGGCAAUCCUCAUGGCCGGUAGCUGCUACGUCGCGCUGGAUCCAUCAAGUCCUCCCGUCCGACUUCAAAGCAUUGUUCAACAGCUUACCCCACCCGUUAUCCUGUGCGGUCCCUCUACAGAGGCUCUGGCAAGUAGCCUUGGAUAUGGCCACAUGGUCGUCGACCACGAUACCAUAAUGCUGUCUGCACCGGUUCCGCAUUCUCCUGAAUUGCCGCGAACACGUCCGGACAAUUUGGCUUAUAUCUUGUUCACUUCCGGAAGCACUGGAGAACCCAAGGGAGUCAUGAUGGAACACGCCUCUGUUGCGACCACAGCCUUGGAUGUAGGGCGUACGAUGUACAUGGAUCAUGAGUCGCGGGUGCUGCAGUUUGCCGCCUUCACGUACGAUGUCAGUAUACAGGAGAUCUGGUGCACCCUGGCUUUGGGCGGCUGUAUAUGUAUCCCAUCAGAGGCGGACAGACUCGGGGAUCUUGCUGCCACAAUACGCAGCCUGAAGGUGAACUGGGCCUUUUUCACCCCAUCUUUCAGCAUCCUUCUCAACCCCGAGGAGGUACCGGGCCUGCGAACAGUGGCCCUCGGGGGAGAACCAUUAACUGUCCGCAGUGUCACACAGUGGGCAGGUCGCCGAGUACUUAAUGGUUGGGGCCCCAGCGAAUGCUGUGCCCAUUCCGUUGUUAACGACGACGUAGCACGGUUUCAGCAUGAGCCGGGGAACAUAGGCCGUCCAAUUGGCGAGCGCGUUUGGAUUGCCCGGCCCGAUGAUCCGCAUUGCCUCGCCGCGAUAGGUUGUGUUGGCGAGCUUCUUGUUUCUGGUCCACAUCUAGCCCGAGGGUAUCUGGGCGACCAGGAGAAGACGCGAAGCAGCUUCAUCGAGCAUCCCACUUGGGCUAAGGACGGAGACGCGAUGGCCGAUACCACCUGGAUUCCCCGUCGCGUCUACCGCAGUGGGGAUCUAGGCCGAUACAACUCCGAUGGCACAAUCACCAUCAUUGGUCGUCGAGAUACUCAAGUCAAAGUGCGCGGACAGCGAGUCGAGCUUGGAGAAAUCGAAUACCAUCUCUCACUGGAUUCGUCCCUGUCGUUGUCGCUCUGCGUGUUCCCCAAACAAGGCCCGUUUCUGAAGCAAAUUGUAGCCCUGGUUCAGCCGCAAGGUCUACCCCAGAAUCUGGACAGUGAAUUGCAGCCCCUCCCGGAUGUCCUCAUGACAGAGCCGAUUCUGGAGCGGCUGGCCAGCAAAGUUCCGAGCCACAUGAUGCCUGCCGCCCUCAUCAUCAUGAAGGCCAUCCCCAUGCUGCGCUCGGGCAAGGUUGACCGGGUUCGCAUGCAAAACUGGGUCGAGAACCUCUCUGUUGAACAGGCAAGCGCUUGUCGAGUCGACGGCAGCAUGGGAUAUCAUGCCUCGCCGAUGCUGGAUGCGGAGGACACCCUGGCGCAAGAGGUCAACCGGCUAGUAGUUGAUUACCUUCCGGUCCAGGAUCGUGAUGUACUGAGAGGCAAGGACCUAGAUUUAGCGCGAGCUGGCAUCGACUCCAUUAGCGUUAUCGGGCUGGGGAGGUCAAUUCACCGUCGCUAUGGUGUUAAUAUUCCGAUUGCUGCAUUAUCCAGGGACGGGAUGACUGUGGGCCGUGUGGCGCGAUGGAUUGAACAAGCCCAGGUCGGGGAGGAAUUGGAUGCCCACAGCAUUGAUUUCGUCCAAGAAUGGGAUCUGCUCAGGUCCGAACUCGCAUCGCGUGUAGGGAUCCGCCGCCGUGAUGGAGCGAACACGCAAUCGGUACGCUCCGUCCUUGUCACAGGUGCCACAGGAUACUUAGGCAGUGAGAUUUUACAUCAACUGCUGAUGUCUCCUGAGCUCCAUGAAGUAAUCGCGUUGGUCCGGGCCCCCACAGUGGCGAGUGCUCGAGAGAGGGUAGAGAACAUAGCUCGAGCACUAGGAUGGUGGCAGGAGAGCUAUGCGGACAAACUGAUCGUCUGGCGCGGAGAUCUCGCCAGCUCCCGGCUCGGCUUGGAAGAGCAUCAGUGGGCACGGCUUACAGGAUAUGGGGGUUCUGUCGACGCCAUUAUCCACAAUGGGGCCCGGGUGCAUUGGAACGCCCCCUACCCCGUUCUUCGAGCGGCGAAUGUUCUGUCCACCCUGGACCUUCUGGCGGCGGCUGCUCACUCAGGUAGUCGUUUCUGCUACGUCUCUGGUGGCCUUCGCACGUUUGAGCCGCAAUCCGCUCUACCACACCGUCUCCUCAAGGCCUUACCGGCGACGAACGGAUACGCUCAGUCUAAGACGCUAUCAGAGCUAUUGGUCCGGGAUUACGCCAGUCGCAUGCACGGAUCCAACCACUAUAUGUCGAUCAUAACUCCCGGAUACAUCAUCGGCGACGCUGACGUGGGGGUUGCCAACCUGGACGACUUCCUGUGGCGCUACGUGUCGGCGUGCGUCCAGCUAGGCUUCUUCAACGGUAGCGAUCGCGCGAACUGGCUAUUUGUGGCUGGUCGGCAGGGCAUUGCACGCCAGAUCCUCGACGUGACCCUCCACGGGCCGCCCAGCGGCAAAUUUUUAACAGUGGAUGAUGGGAUCACUGUUGCCGAGUUCUGGUGUGUCAUCAUGGAAACGCUGCAACGUGAGCUGCAACCGCUUCCCCGUGACGAUUUCAUGUCAAUCCUCCGCGCAUCAGUCGAUCAGGGCGGCGAGAAGCAUCCCAUGUGGCCAGUUAUGCACUUUCUAGACGUGGCUGAUCAACAUCUCGGGUUGCCUCUCCCGGCAGACCAAGUGGAUCAUACAGUGAGCAGCACAUCGGUGCGGGAAUCCAUUGCUGGGACGCUUAGUUAUCUGGUGCGGACAGGAUUCAUCGCUGGGCCGUAUGGAUCAGAUUCUACACCUGCGCUGUUCAUGCGGGGAUCUCGUAGUCGGUAA